AAGAGCAAAAAACACAAGAGCUAGAGGGAAGAUCGCGGAGUACUCGGAUGUUUCGAGCGAAGAUGAGUUAUCUGUUAGUGAGGAAGAGUACAUUCCUGAUACAUCAGAGAGUUACACAUCAGAUAGUAGCAUGAGCUUUACUGCUUCACCAAAGGGUAAAGAAAAAAAGUUACAGACUUUGCCAGUCCGGAGCAGUUCAGCUGUGAACAGAAUCAAAAAGUUCAGUAUUCAAAGCAGCGGUGACUUAGGGAGCUCCCAGAACCACGACAUAGCCAAAGUUCCUGACACAUCUUCCAUUCUUGACAGCGCAACAUCAGUAGUUAUCCCAGCUGUAAUUAAAAAGAGAGGUGGAUUGAGAAUGUACAGCAAAAAACAACAGUGCUUUUUUUGUGAAGGUGCUUUUACAAAAAUUUCUAGACACCUGGAACGAAAGCAUAGAAAUGAGGUAGAGGUAGCAAAAGCGUUAAGUCAUCCAAAGGGCUCAAAAGAAAGGAGGAUGCAACUUGAGUAUCUACGUAACAAAGGGAACUUUGCUUACAAUAGUACUGUUAUUAAUACAGGUGCAGGACUGAUGAUUCCGCGGAAACUGCCCAAAAAGAACCUGGAGGGGGAAAGUUUUAUGCACUGCAUUUACUGCAAAGGACUCUUCUUAAAAAAAACUUUGUGGCGACAUGUCAAGGUUUGCAAAUUCAAGCCUGGUGAUGAGAAGCCGAAACCUGGAAAAACCCGUGUCCAGGUUCUUUGUGGCUUUGCACAACCUCCCCCACCAGGAGUAACUCAUGGUGUUUGGAAGCUGUUAAAUUCCAUGAACCAGGACCAAGUGGCACUUGAAACUAGAAAUGACUGGUGCAUUUUAGAGUUAGGAAAGCAUCUUUACAACAAGUAUGGAUCAAGAGUUAAAAUGCAUGAACACAUCCGCCAAAAGAUGAGGGAGCUUGGAAGACUCCUAAUAUGUGCAAGAGAGGUAUCCCCCCUUACAUCUAUUAAAGAGCUCAUUCAUCCCACAAACUUCAUGCAUACCAUCAAUGCAGUUAAAAGGGCUGCUGGCUACAAUGAAGAGACCAAUGUAUUUGAAAAGGCUAGUGUGGCUGUGAAACUUGGACAGAGUCUGAACAAAAUCGCAAUGCUCAUUGAGAGCCACUCUACUAUUAGAGGAGACGAAAAGACAGGAAAAAUUGCGAACAGUUUUCAACAGCUUUAUAAGUCCAGAUGGCCCGAAUACAUUUCUACAACAGCCCGGCGAACACUGGAGGAAGCAAAAUGGAAUUCCCCACAAUUACUUCCAUUCACAGAAGAUGUUAAGCUCCUUCAUAUAUAUCUUGACGAGCAAGAGAAGACCCAUCGCAAACUCUUGUUAACACAGCCAUCAUCUCAGCACUGGGCAAAACUGGCCAAGAUCACGUUAACUCAGGUUAUGCUUUUCAAUCGUAGACGAGAAGGGGAAGUGUCACAAAUGCCAUUGUCUGCAUACAUCUCCAGCAACCAAUCGGAUGCUCAUCCAGAUAUUAGCAUGGCCCUCACAGAUUUAGAAAAUAAACUGUGUCAGUACUUCAAGCGUGUAGAAAUUAGAGGCAAAAGAGGCAGAAAGGUUCCCGUGCUUCUCACACCUUCCAUGCAAGAAUCAAUCAGCCUGCUUCUUGAAAAUCGGAAUACCUGUGGAAUUCCAAAUGAAAAUCCUUUUCUCUUUGCACGCCCGUAUGCAAUGACAUUUUUCAGAGGCUCUGAUUGCAUUCGCGAAUUUGCUGUUGCAUGUAGUGCAAAAAAUCCUCAGACUCUUACAUCAACAAAGUUGAGAAAACAGAUCGGGACACUUUCUGAAGUUCUUAAUCUUAGCAACACAGAGUUAGAUCAGUUGGCAGACUUUCUAGGCCAUGACAUUCGAGUUCAUCGUCAAUUUUACAGGUUACCCGAAGGCACCCUCCAACUGGCCAAAAUUAGUAAAAUUCUUCUGGCCCUCGAAAAAGGACGCUUGGCAGACUUUAAAGGGCGAAAUCUUAAUGAAAUCAACAUAGAUCCAGAAGAGGAAGUUACAGUGGACAGUGAUUUGGAGGAGUCCACUUCUAGUCCAAAAGAGUGCACCACAGUAUCAUCAUCACAGCACACGGUUUGUGAGAACGGCACACUUCCAGCAGACCCAGUCUCCAAAAAAAAGAGAGGUUACGUUAAGAAGACGGCCUGGAACAAACUUGAGAUACAGGCUGUGGAGAAGCAUAUGAUGAGGUUUAUUAACAAUCACAAAAUUCCAGGAAAGGCAGACUGCAUGAGGUGUAAAGAGGCGGAACCACUUGCACUUAAAAAUAGAGAGUGGUCUACACUUAAAUUUUACAUCAAAAAUCGAAUCUCCGCUCUAAACAGAAAAUAUCUGCCAAAUUAAUUGACACACUGUCAGACUGAAUUGUUCAUUGGUAGAAACAAGCUUUUAUAGUUUUAAAACAAGCUUCCAUAGUCAAAUGGUUAGCGCAAUAGACCAUCAGUUCCAUAUUAUUGUUUGGAAAUGUAGAUUGUUCUUUCGAAAAUUAAGGCAUUUUAAAUAACUUUUAGACUGGAGUCUUUUUUUUCAUCCUUGUCUGCUUCAAAUGUAGAAUUGUUUUUCUAUAAAUGCAGACAUGGUAGAUUUUCAUUCUAUUGUACUUGUUUUCAAAAACUUGAGAAUGCAGUGUUUGUCAUGAAGGGUUUUAUUAAUAUAUUUUUUUUAAUUCAACUAGUGUUUACUGUGAACAUCUUUAUGAAAUAUUUCUGCAAAUUUUUGUGGACGACUGAAACUUAUGCUAAUGUUUCUGACCCUGACUGUUGAUGUACUAAUGUUAUGAGUUUUGAAAAUGUAUGUCAUAUACUGUAUAACACUUUUUUUUUUACUAAACCUUUAAAAGUACUAAGUUAAUUUUGUUUCUACAUCUAAAACAAACAUCUCCAAAAUCAAUUAAAGCAUGGAGCAGAUUGUAGCUCCUUUUCUGUCUAAA